GUCACCGAAAAGGGCAAAGCCUUCGGAAAUAGAAACAAAGUUGGUCACAAAUCACAUUGGCUUUGCCCGAAGUUUUUUUUUUCUUCUUCUCCACCCUUCUUUAGCAUGCGACCAUGGGGAAAGUGACCACUCCUGUCAGUGGGGAAAGACUGGGUGGUUUGGUGCCGAGGGAGCAGCUGUAACUUCUACGUGACCAUGGUACCUGUUGAAAACACAGAGGGCCCCAGCCUGCUGAAUCCGAAGGGGAGAGCCCGGGAGACUAAUGGCAGCCACAGAGCCAGCAGCCGCCAGCAUCUUCCCUGGGCGAGAGGUUGCAGCACAUUCACGUUCCUGACGUCUGUCACGGCUGCAGUCAGUGGCCUCCUGGUGGGUUAUGAACUAGGGCUCAUCUCUGGGGCUCUGCUUCAGAUAAGAGCCUUACUUGCCCUGACGUGCCAUGAGCAGGAGAUGGUGGUGAGCUCCCUCCUCAUCGGGGCCUUCCUCGCCUCUCUCCUGGGAGGGGUCUUAAUCGACAGGUACGGAAGAAGAGCCUCCAUCAUCUUGUCCUCCUGCCUCCUUGGACUCGGAAGCCUGGUCUUGAUACUCAGUUUGUCUUACACGGUUCUUAUCGUGGGACGCAUUGCUAUCGGGGUUUCCAUUUCACUGUCUUCCAUUGCCACUUGUGUCUACAUCGCGGAGAUUGCUCCCCAACACAGAAGAGGCCUUCUUGUGUCCCUGAAUGAGCUGAUGAUUGUCAUUGGCAUUCUUUGUGCCUACAUUUCAAAUUAUGCAUUUGCCAAUGUUUCCCAUGGCUGGAAGUACAUGUUUGGCCUUGUUAUUCCCUUGGGACUUUUGCAAGCAAUUGCGAUGUACUUUCUCCCUCCAAGUCCCCGGUUUCUGGUGAUGAAAGGACAGGAGGAAACUGCUAGCAAGGUUCUCGGAAGAUUGAGGAGCAUCUCAGAUACAACAGAAGAACUCACUGUGAUAAAAUCUUCUCUGAAAGAUGAAUAUCAGUACAGUUUUGGGGAUCUGUUUCGUUCAAAGGACAACAUGAGGACCCGAAUCAUGAUAGGCCUGACAUUGGUAUUUUUUGUACAAACCACUGGCCAGCCAAAUAUAUUAUUCUAUGCAUCAACUGUGUUGAAGUCUGUUGGCUUCCAAAGCAAUGAGGCAGCUAGCCUUGCUUCCACGGGUGUUGGGGUGGUCAAGGUCAUCAGCACUAUCCCGGCCACCCUUCUUGUUGACCAUGUUGGGAGCAAAACCUUCCUCUGUGUUGGCUCCUCUGUGAUGGCAGCUUCGUUGGUGACCAUGGGUAUUGUGAAUCUCAACAUUGACAUGAACUUCACCAAUAUUUGCAGAAUCCAUAGUCCUCUCAACCAGUCCUGGGAUGAGUCUGUGUUUUAUGCUUCAGGAAACCUGUCAGUCAGCAAUGACACACUUAAAGGGUCCUUCAAGGAGAUCACUUCUCAUAGCAGAAGUGAUCCCAUGAGAAAUGAUAUGGAUAAAAGAGGGGCAUCACCUUUGGCAUCUUUACCAAGUGCUGGACUGAGCCAAACUGGACAACAGAUAAUCACUGAUCCAUCAGACAUCCCAGCUUUUUUGAAAUGGUUAUCCUUAGCCAGCUUGCUUGUUUAUGUUGCUGCUUUCUCAAUUGGUCUAGGACCAAUGCCCUGGUUGGUGCUCAGUGAGAUUUUUCCGGGUGGAAUCCGAGGGCGAGCCAUGGCGUUGACUUCCAGCAUGAACUGGGGCAUCAACCUGCUCAUCUCUCUGACGUUUUUGACUGUGACCGAUCUCAUUGGCCUGCCGUGGGUGUGUUUCAUCUACACAAUCAUGAGUCUGGCAUCUCUGGCUUUUGUUGUUCUGUUUAUACCUGAGACAAAGGGAUGCUCCUUAGAACAAAUAUCCAUGGAACUUGCAAAUCAGAACUAUGUGAAAAACAACAUUUGCUUUAUGAGUCAUCACCAAGAGGAAUUAGUGCCAAAACAACUUCAAAAAAGAAAUCCCCAAGAGCAGCUCUUGGAGUGUAAAAAGCUAUGUGGUAGGGGACAGCCGAGGCCGCUUUCUCCAGAGACUUAAUGGCAUUGAAAUCUUAUAAAUUUUGAUUCAUAAGAACCCUCAAAGUAGGGUGUCUUUGUACCAAUACACACGUGCCACUCGCUUCCAUGCCUUCUCUUCAGUGUCAGGGGCUAGUGUUGAAAGGACACCCUGAAAUGGUAGACACCCUUUCAUCUCCAACUAUCCAAAAGGAACUUCAAAAAGUAAAUGAGGUAUAGGUUCCCAAGUGAUCUUUUUCUGAGCACAGUAUCAGGUUAAAAAAAUACUGGCUGGUUCAGUACUUCCCACCCAUGGCACAGAGCAGCAGCCUUUGAAAAACUCAGAGCUAGUGAUGCAAUCAAUUUCUGCCUUAAUGUACAUGUGACAGCCCACUGGGGUACUAGGUGCUUCGAGUCUUGUGUAACAAGGAAACAGGGCACAAUGUGGACAACUGCACACAUGUUCUAGGUUAGGAUAGGGUCCUCGCUAGGAUUCCAGUGAUGAUUCUGAAUUACAAUUCAACAUGUACAAAGACAAUACAGCUUAUUUUAUGGAUGAACUACAAUACAAAAUUUCCUACUUUUAUGAAUUUCAUGUAGAAAUAUAGUAUUAAAAGUUUUGUAAUAGUUGAGAAAAGUAAGCAUUUUCUAUCCAUUAAAAAGUGUGAAUAGAAAGGCCAACUAAAAAAUGCUGGGGCUGUAUUUAUUUAGCAGUCAUUAUAAAACACUUGGAAAGGAGUGAGGCCAGUAGAUUAUCCAAAUUUCUAAGCAAUCAAGUUGGACUUAUUAAAUCAAGCUUAUGAAAAUCCUCUCCUUACAAGGCAAGGCUUUCAUAACUUAACAGCAAUCCAUAGUUUUCUGUAAUUUUUCAUACUCCUCAGGAAUAUCACUACCUCAGACUAUGACACACAGGCUGUAACAUGUUAACUGUCAGAAGACUAUGUACAGGCUAACGACAUCCAGCCAUCAGAAUUCCCUCACUGUGCUUUCCUCUAUGAUGAAAGAGAUGGCCAACUGUACCAGAAACUUGGGUUUUCAUCCACAACAACGGAUUUCUCUUUUCUGUAUUUCUCCAGGUAAAUUUUAGGACUUGGUGAGGCAUUUUACUAACAGAAUUUGGAUAUGCUAGAAAAAUCUACAAUAAAGAGUAUCAAGCCACUGAAUAGCAGUUCCUUAAAUUAUUUUGAAUUAGGGAGACAUACAUAAAACUAAGAAAGCUUGAACAACCUACUUGAAAAAGAAACUUUAAAAGUAUGAUUUACCCUGAAGAAAAGAAAAUUCUAAGUGGCCAAAACCUUUCUAUUUGGCUUGGAAUUUUCCUACUGGCCCCUAACAGACUGUUCCAAUUUGAUAUGUAGGCAUAUGACUUACCACAUUUCCCUUGUAACAAAGUAGAUAGAUUAUAAAUUUAUGUAAGCACCAGAACAAGUGUAUUAUCAGAGACUCAGGAGAAAUUACUGGUCCUGAAAUUACUGUCCAAAUUAAAAUUGUUGAGGGAUGUUAGGAGAUCUUAAUUGUAUAACAGUACAUUUAAUAUGCAAGUUAGAGCAUGCACUGUUUUUCAAUCGUUUUUUUUUUUAGAAGAAUGUGUUUUGUAGAGGAUCAAUUUAUGAAAUUUAUUAUGAAUCUUCAGUGGAAUAACAUGCUAAGAUUAAAAUAGAAAAAUCAAGACAUGUAAUUGAAAUUUUUUUCUUUGCCACAGAUUAGCUUUAUGUAUCUUUUGAAAUCCAAACACUAUAUUCUUUAAGCUUUAUCAUCCUCAUUUAGCCAGUUACUGUUAAAGGGCAGGAGACCAUUUAUAAACCUAGUAGGUUUAUCACUAGCAAUUUCAACUUUAGUAUAUCAAAUACACUUUUAUUUUUAUUAUUCAGAGUCUGUAAACAAUUCUGUCUUUAAUUUUUACCCAAUAUGCCCCCAGAGCUUUUUGCUUUUCAAAAAUAAAAAAAGGGGGGAAACUUGUCACUUGUAUGUAUAUGUUCACAAUUUUUAUUUAUAAAAAAAUUUACAGCACUUGUGAAAAGCCAGUAGAAGACACCAGACACACUCAUAUCUUACCAGUUUUGUUAAAAGUUUAGUGGGCGAGCCAUAACACUAUCCAGGUGAUGCUCAUGAAGCAGCCCUGAAACCAGACCUGGUCAGAUUGUCUUAUUCUUCCUCUUUUCUGAGAAAGCGUUUGAUAAGCUACUGUUCUAACCAGUUUCAAGUCACUCCAAUACUGAAAAUAUUACAAUAUCUAGUUUUGCACAUGCCAUAUAACCAUGUUUUUCCCUUUUUUUUGGGUGAACACUGCAAAACAGGAGGUCACUAAUUAAUUAAUUAAAACUUAAGUGGAAAAUCUCAAAUGGCCCAGAGUCACUGAAUUUUAUUCUCUAUAUUUUAUGAGGUUACCAAUUCUACUGGGUUUUAAAAUGAAGCAAAUAAAAUACAAAUGUUAAAAAAAAAAGUCUGAAUAUCACAAUUAAGUCUUUCACAAGAAAGAAAAUAUAAAAGUUAGUCUUUGCCCCCAUUUAUGAGGGGAUGAGAGGCAGGAUAGGGGAAGGCAUUAUGAUAAAAAUAAACAAAAUCAUAUGUAUUGUUAAGUGCAGUGCUUAAACUAGGUUUUCAAGAUUUUUAUAAUAUGGGAAGGAAAAUACUAGAAUAUGGAGGUUAAGGUGUUGCAAUUUUUCUCAAAGGCUUCAACACAUUUUGAAAAUUCAGGUUUUAGUGGAAGAUCAUGUUGGAACACUGUCUCUAUUACGUUUCUGUCGAGGGGCUAAUCCAACUCACCACAUAGCAUUAUUUCGCAGCAAAAAUCGUGGGUUAUACCAAACCCUUAAAUACAAGUGGCAGAGCACAGCUGCACCUUAACCCUGCAUCACCACUCUAGGGCUGGUAGGUGAGCUGGUCAUUGUUCCACAAAUGCGUAUUUAUUAUAAAUUUCAGAGUAGCACUCCCAGAUACUGAAUGGUCACUCUUCAGCUACAUUAAGACACAGCAAGGGGAAAAAAUAUCUUGCAAAAUGGCUUUCAAGUUCAAGUUGAACUAUAUAAUAAUUAUAACUGUGGCACAGAGGCAGCUUGUGGGCACUUCUUGUUAAAACAGCACAAUGUAUCAACUUCUGACAAGACUCUUAGCUUAGCCUUGAGCACCAACCUAAGGUUAUUACUCUCCUAUGUCUAGAGUAGUCUUUCCAAGAAUAUCAGAGGUACAUAUGAGGUACAACUCAUCACAGAUUCUUUCUCAUAUCCACUUGUCCAUAAGAGGUUUCUCUUUUUAAAACUACAGUUUUGUAACUUUUAAAAGAUACUCAGCAUGUUCUAUCACAUUAAAUUAGCAACAUAAAACAUUAUGCUUAAUCUAUAAAGUUCUACUCCGGUUUCCUAUAAUUUAUAUACAUUUUUUUGUUUCUAAUCUGCAAGGAAAAAAUCCUAUUUAAUAUUUGGUAACACAGCGUUAAAAGAUAGUAUACACAUGUGACAUAAUAUAUUUACAAAAUACACUUCAAAAAAAGAACCCCACAAGAUUCAGCAAAAGUCUAAGCUUGCAUAGAUUAAAAAAAAAAAAGAAUGAAUACAAUUCUUGUUAAUAGAAAAUGGGGAAUAAAAGUUAUAGAAUGGAUAUGAAGAGAGAUCUUUUCCAAACUUUUAUUUGUGCACAUUCAAUUGAAAAAGAUAACUUUUACAGGUUCUUUGGUGCCCAUAUUUAGCAUACAAAAAUGUAAAAGACUAUUCACAAAUAAAACACAUUAGCUCAAACUGGAAAAAAAUAACAACAAAACAAUUCAAGGUAGUGCACACUGACAGCUCUGCUUAUCGGGACAUGAGAAUUACUGCGUAAAUAAAUAGAAUGUCCUUUUGUAAAAGCAGCAAUGUCAUGUCUUGUAAACUUCCUUUUUAUAUUACAGCAAGGUUUGAAAUAAAAUCCAAAGGGACUGGAGCUUACACUGUAGCCGUGAAUGAAUAAAAGAGUCUAUUUCCUCAA